AUGACACCGUCUUGUGACAGGCAGCAGAACAGAGCGGUGGAGGAAGCGCCGCUCGGAGGGUCGAGGGCGGUUAAGAAGAGCAGUGUGCCCAAUUCUCUGUCAAGAGGUUCAGACGGAAGCUCUGGCUCUAGGAUGGGUGCAGAGGAGCAAGUGAUGAGUGAGCAUGCGAGCAACGGGGAUGCUGGCUCUUCGUCGAAGAAGCGGCGAAAAAGAAUGGAUGCAAGAAGCUACAUCAAGAAAUUCAAGACGGGCGUAAGACCGGGUGCCUCAGUUGUAGUUGCUUCCCCUGACAGGAUGGGCAAGGAGAACACUUCAAGCGGGCAUGUGGCAGACAGCAACACUGCUAUUCUGUGUGAAGGUAGGAGGUUGAUUGAAAAAAGCAAGGGACAUUCAAGCCAUGCUGCCUGUAAAGUUCCCAAAAGUCCUAUUUCUGGUUUACAUGAAACUUCAGACACAAGAGUUGACCAAUGUUCUACACCGCUUUCAGAGGUACAGCCACAUAAACCUACCGACGUGCAAAAUAUAGCGGCUGAAAGCAGUCUUCCAGCAAACGCUAGAGAUCCACACACUGGCCCUGCAAGGCAAAACAUUCUAUCAUCAUUGCAAACUGUGCCAAUAUCUACUAUUCAUCAAGAAGAGGUACUGCCACAUAAACGUACCGAUGUGCAAGAUAUAGCGGCUGAAAGCAGUCUUCCAGCAAAGGAUAGAGAUCGACACACUGGCCCUGCAAGGCAAAACAUUGUACCAUCAUUGCAAAGUGGGCCAAUAUCUACUAUUCAUCACAAAGAGGUUAAGAGCACACUUGGAGAUGCUGAACCUAUUAGCGUUCAGAAAGAAAAUUCAGCUCCAGGACAUCUCCAGGUGGCCCGAUCUGAUGGAACAGAUGGUAACCCCAACAUAUGUGUUGCCUGUGGUCUUGGAUCCCCAGGAACUUUUAGGUCCUGUGAUGGAAAAGGUUGCAAAAGUAGGUACCAUAUGUCUUGUCUGGAUCAAUAUUUGUCUCUUGGAAAUUGGUUCUGUACCAGCUGUACGAAAAAGAGGUUGCAGUUUGGCUUACAUCAUAUUGUUGAUGGGAUAGAGUCUGUGUGGGAUGUCAAGGCUGAGGGGAUGCAAACUAGCAAGCAGUAUUUUGUCAAGUAUAAGAAUCUGGCGCAUGUCCAUAACCGUUGGGUUCCAGAAGGUGAUAUUAGUGUCAUGCCUGGAGGUCCUGAUCUUCUUUCCUUGUUUAACAAGAGGACUCAUACUGAAAAGACAAUUUGGAAGGAGUGGACUAAACCACAUCGCCUGUUGAGGAAGAGGCUACUUGUGCCCCCAAGAUUGGCUGAGGAUUUCUUCUGUUCGGAUGAUUUCUUUUGCUCAUCUGGUGUCUCAUAUUGUACUCUUGAAUGGUUAGUGAAAUGGAGGGGUCUUGGCUAUGAUCAUGCAACAUGGGAACUAGAGACUUUAUCCUGUUUACGUACGCCGGAAGCUGACGAACUUAAAGAGAAUUACGAGAACCGCCGUGAAGCUGCAAAACAAUCAUCUAUUCCCCAAAAAACAAAGGUUAAGCAAAGCUCAUUCCAGAAACUUGAGAGAUUGCCAGAUGGGUGCCAUCCUGAUUUUGACAAUGAUCACUUGUAUUCAGUCAAUCACCUUCGAGAGUACUGGCACAAAUCCUGUGGUGCUGUUCUUGUUGAUGAUAAGGAGUAUGUAAUAAAGACCGUGCUAUUCACAAUGUCUGUAUUACCUGACGUCAGCCAACCUUUUCUGAUUCUCACAACUCCUGGUUCUCUGUCUUUAUGGGAGGUUCAGUUCAAUAAGUUGGCACCGUUUAUCAAUGUCGUUGUGUAUGACGGGGGGAAAGAUGAGCUCAAAUUAAUUCGAGAUUUGGAAUUCUAUGAGAGUGGAAGCCACUGUAUGUUACAGGUUCUCUUAUCCCAUCCUGAUGCUAUCCUAGAGGAUAUUGAACCUAUAGCACACAUUGGUUGGGAAGCAGUCAUAGUUGAUUAUUAUCAAAAGUCAGCUUUACAAUACCUCGAACAACUGAAGCAAUUUCCCACUGAUUUCAGAAUGUUGCUUGUGAGCUCCCCAAUUAAGGAUAAUCUUCCCGAAUACGUGAAACUUCAAGCAUUCCUUAAUUCUGGAGAGCAAGAAAGUUACGUUGAUACUGCUGAGACUCUUAUGAUGCUGAAAGGAAACUUCAAAAGCCAUAUUGCAUAUGAGCGUCAAGCAGGUUCUUCAAAAAUAUUGGAGCACUGGGUUCCUGCUUAUGUUUCACAACUGCAGCUACAGACAUAUUGUUCCAUACUGCUUUCAAAUUCAUCUGUCCUCCAGUCGCAGAUGAAAAGUGAUAAAGCUCUUUAUGACAUUAUUAUGUCUCUCUCAAAGUGCUGUGAUGACCCUUACCUUGUUGAUGAAUCCCUGCGACCUCCUGUCAACAAUCAUGAUCAGACUGAUCCUAUAGUUACGAGAGUGCAAGCAUGUGGCAAGCUACUGCUUCUUCAAAAAAUGCUUGAAGCAAUAAGGAACAAGAGGCUAAGAGUCAUUAUUCUUUUUCAAUCUGGUGUACCAGGUGGAAGCUCAAUGGGUGAUACUUUGGAAACUGUUGUGCGUCACAAAUUUGGCCCAGAGUCAUAUGAACGUGUUGGAUUUUGUGGAUCAUUCUCGAAGAAAGCGAUGGCACUUAAUAAGUUCAAUGACAAGACCAAGGGGAGAUUUGUUUUUCUGAUUGAAACAAAUGCAUGCCUCCCAAGUAUUGAGCUGUCAUCUGUUGAUGCCAUUAUCAUAUAUAAUAGUGACUGGAACCCACUUACUGAUCAAAAGGCUCUUCAAAGAAUCAAAAUAGAGUCACAUCUUAGCUAUCCAAGCAUUUUUCGCUUAUACACUCCUUUGACAAUGGAGGAGAAGUGGCUUGUGCUUGCAAAACAGGGCAUGCUUAUUGAUAAGAAGGAUAUAACACACAGCGCAAGCCAUUCCUUUAUCAGUUGGGGUGCAUCAUGUCUCUUCACUAGACUUGAUGAGCUUAAGCAUGACAACUGUGCAAGUAAAAACUCUGAAAGGGACAACUUUAUGGAUAAAGUAGUUUCAGAGUUCUUGAAAAAAUUAGCCACAAAUGUUGUAGGCAGCACCAAACUUAACUGCACAUGCAUAUCGGAAGCUAACAUGAGUGGUAAAUUUUACUCAAGAAACAUCACACUAGUAGGUGAAAAAGAGGAAAUGUGUGCAUUGGAUGGAGACCCAUCUAAGUUCUGGUUAGAUUUACUGGAUGGAAAAUCUCCCUCUUGGAGCUAUAUAUCUGAGCCACCACAAUCAAGCCAUAACAUCUUACAAAACAUGGAAGAACCAGCCAAAGUUCCUGCUGAAGAAGAAGCCAAUGAAACCAGAAGGAAGCGUAGAAAGGUUGGCGAAAUCACAGGUCCAUCUUCAAAAAGUUCACAUGACAACAAUCACCAUGAUGUGUUGCCUGAAAAUUCUACAUCGAGUCCUGCUCUUCAACCACUAGAUGACACACAACAAACAUUAGGGGUGGAAAAACGGAUGAGCACACCCAAGAAUCUUCACGUCCAACUUAAGAAAGAGCUGUCAAAACUAAUUACGGCCCUACAAUUGCCGGAUGAUGUAAGAGCUAUGGCUGAACAGUUGUUUGAGUAUUUUUUGAAGAAUCAUCUAGUUGUUACAGAGCCAGUGAGCAUACUGCACGCAAUCAUCAUAUCCUUGUGUUGGCAUGCUGCUUCUGUUCUUAAGUAUAAGAUAAAUUCUGGAGAGUCGAUUGCCCUUGCUGGAAAAAGCUUGAACUGUGAGUGCAAUGAAGAGCUUGCAUCAUUCAUCUAUGGAAGAUUAAGGUUCCCAGAGGGAAAAAAUCCAGAUAGAGCAAUUGAAACUAGCGUCAAUGGUCAACCAGUGUCAGUAGAGGAUACCCAAAUCUUAAUUGAAACUAGCAUCAAUGGUCAACCAGUGUCAGUAGAGGACACCCAAAUCUCAAUUGAAACUAGCAUCAAUGGUCAACCAGUGUCAGUAGAGGACACCCAAAUCUCAUGGGAGGACACCCAAGUGGUCUCAUCUGGUGCUGAUCACAUGAUCUCAGAGGAGCAGGAGCCUGUUCAAGAAACUCACAGAGAAUGUCAUUUGUCAAAGGAUGACCUUCCUAACAUGAUCGUGGAGAAAAGAAUGGAGUUAAUUGACAAUGUUUUCUCCUUGAGAGAAAAGAAUAUCCUUUGUAAACAACAGCUUGAGAUCUCAGGUUUAGACACGUACACACAGAACAACGUUCUCAGACUGAAGGCAGUGUGCACUUUAGUUCUGGAGCAUAUUCGUAAAAGUCACAUUGAUGAAGUGACCAGGAGUGACAAAAUAAAGCUAACUGUUCAGUGGUUCACUAUGCUUAUGUAUGCAUUUUUGGACCACAUGAGCCUCCAACAUAACAAACUCGAGGCACUGCAAUCUGAUAGGUGGCUUGUAGAGCGACAUCUGAAGGAGAAUCUCCACCAGGUAGCAAAAUCAGGCCAAUUAGAUCAAGACUUUGAUCAGCAUAUUGCUCUACCAGAUUCGAACUUUGUUAUGGAAGAAUUUAUCCAUUUUAAGGAGCAGAGUGGCGAGUAUCAUAUUGUUGAAAGUUCUGUGUCAGAUAACCAGCAGUCAUUAGAUGAUGGAUUGUUAAUGGAAAUUGCAUUAGUACGAAAUGAAGUUCUGUCAGGGGGCAUAUCUACACAGGCAAUGGAAAAUGAGCCAGCUGCAACUUCUGUGGACUCAGGUGAAGGACCAGCAUCAGAAGCUGUUGAUUUUCCAGGAAACUCCAUCCUUAGUUCUGAUGGCAUGGGUGCACAAAGAGCUGGUUGUUCAUCAAGUACUAUUCCUGCAAAUGAUGAUUCAGUUGGUCAGGAAUCUUCAAUUGGUGACUGUAGAAAUACUGGACAUGUUGAGGCAGAAAAUAUUGCUAAUCCAAGUAUGUUGCUGGAAGGAGCAGAUUCUUUUGUUAGGGGACUUAAUGCAAACAACGACACUGUUGAUACAGAUCAAGUCCACUUGGAGUCACCAGUUAGCCCAGCUACCUUACCAAUGUCUACUGAAUUUGAAACUCAGACUUGCCAAUCAAGUAUGCAUGUGGAACAAAGUCCUGAAGUGCAAAAGUCAACCUCAAUGCAAGAUCAACCUGCAGAAAAACGAGCAUGUAUUGUGGGUCCCGAGGCAGCAAUGCAGGAUCAGCCAGCAGAGGCAGAGCGAGCAGGUACCUUGGGUGCGAUAUCAGCUCAGGUUUUGCCGCUUGAAAUGCAACCAUCAUCAACCUCAACGAGGGGCGUUCCUUUUGUGUCUGGUCUGCAGAGUUCGUCUGUCCAUCAAAGUGUAGUACCUUCAUUGGAUCCACAUGCAGGUGUAGAGUUAUCGGGCAUGAUGACACCUCAUGCUAUUCAACCACCAGCCUCAGUGCCUGCGGAACAGAGUACGAGUCUGCCUGCCCAACAAAGCUUAGCAACUUUGCGUCAUCCGCCAGCAGAAACAGAACCAGCAGGUAUUCUGGCCACAGAGGCAGCUUGUGAUUUGCAGCCUGAAGUCCAACUGUCAACCUCAAUGCAGAAUCAACCUGCAGAUUCUCUUGUUAGGGGACUUAUUGCAAACAAUGAUGACACUGUUGAUACAGAUCAAGUCCACUUGGAGUCACCAGUUAGCCCAGCUACCUUACCAGUGUCUACUGAAUUUGAAACUCAGACUUGCCAAUCAAGUAUGCAUGUGGAACAAAGUGUAAGUGUACCUGCCCAACAAAGUUUAGCAACUUGCCAAUCAAGUAUCUAUCAAGUAUGUCUCCUGAACCAAUCUUGCGAUUUGCAGCCUGAAGUGCAACAGUCAACCUCAAUGCAAGAUCAACCUGCAGAAAAACAAGCAUGUAUCGUGGGUCCCGAGGCAGCAAUGCAGGAUCAGCCAGCAGAGGCAGAGCAAGCAGGUACCUUGGGUGCCAUAUCAGCUGAGGUUUUGCCACCUGAAAUGCAAUCAUCAUCAACCUCAAUGCGGGGCGUUCCUUUUGUGUCUGGUCUGCAGAGUUUGUCUGUCCAUCAAAAUGUAGUACCUUCAUUGGAUCCACAUGCAGGUGUAGAGUUAUCGGGCAUGGUGACACCUCAUGCUAUUCAACCACCAGCCUCAAUGCCUGUGGAACAGAGUACGAGUCUGCCUGCCCAACAAAGCUUAGCAACUUUGCGUCAUCCACCAGCAGAAGCAGAACCAGCAGGUAUUCUGGCCACAGAGGCAGCUUGUGAUUUGCAGCCUGAAGCCCGACUGUCAACCUCAAUGCAGGAUCAAGCUGCAGAAGAAGGAGCAUGUAUCAUGGGCGCCACUGCUGCUCGAGGUUCGCAGCCUAAGGUGCAACCAUCAACCUCAUUGGAUUCACAUGCCGGAGCAGAAUCAACAGAUGCGUUGGGUGUGGUGGCAGCUCCUGAUAUGCAAUCGGAAAUACAAUCAUCAGCCUUGAUGCAGGACCGACCUGUGGCAGCAGAAGGAGCAUGUGUUCUAGGCACGACAGUAGCCCAGGAGUUGCAGCCUGAACUGCAAACAGCAACCACAGUUCAGCAUGACCCACUUGAAAGAACACGCUCUGAAGAAAGGAGACAAGCUGGUUUUGAACCAAACACAGCAGCCAGUCCUGAGCAUGAUCUGCAGUCUGAAAUACAGCCAUCAGCGUCAAUGCGUGAUCGACCUGCAGGAGCAGAAGGAGCAGGUAUGGUAGGCAGUACGGCAGCCCAGGAUUUGCAGCCUGAACGGCAAUUAUCAACCACAGUUCAGCAUAUCCCUAUCGGUCCUGAGCAGCCUACCCAACUCCCUCCAGUCACGCCAUUAGUGUUUAAUAAUCCAACAUUUAGUGAUGAACCGCUGAGAAAUGAGUUGGAAAAAAUAAUUCAUUGGAGCACUUUGCUUGAUAAAGGCCAUGACGAUAAGAGAUCACAACUUCAGGCAGAGCGCAACCAAGAAAUAGAGAAGAUAAACAGGAAGUAUGACUCGUUACUUCAACAAGAAGAUUCCGCUCAUCGUGUGAAGCGGACUCAGUUGAAUGGUAUCUACCAGAAAGUUUACGUGAGCAAAUCACUAGCUGAGAAUUUCCAACGCGAGUUCACGCCAUCAGUUGCAUCUCAUGGGAGAUUGAUGAGCCCUGUAAUGGAUCAGCUACCCGAGUCUUCUUCAUCAGCGGCUCGGAUUGCAGCAUCGCCGCCGGUUAUCCCAUCGCCAUCCAUCGGAGCGGCAGCGCACAGUUCAGCAGGACCCAACGUCCGCCCUCCGCCGGUGGCUCUACCAUCCUCAUCACGGACGGUCCAGUCACAGUCAGCGAGGCCUGGCAAUCUCUCUGGAGCAACAUCACCGCCUUUUGUUCCAGCGCCUUCGCUACAUGCAAGCCACGGACCCGCCGGACCACAGUUGCGCCCUCUCCAGCCACAAUCAGUUCCACCCAGCAUCCUCUACAGAACAAUGCCACCUGGCAUUCCGACGCCUCGGCCACAGGGCAGCUACAGGCCGCCCGCUGGAGCAGCAGCACAGCAGCAGCAGCUGCGUGCGCCCUCUCCUCAUCUGCAGCACCUCAGGAUGCGCCCGCCAUAUGUCAUCCCCACGGACCACCACCAGCAGCAGCAGCUCCCUGCCAUCCUAGGGGUUCCAGCGGGCGGGCAGUUUGUCACGGACAGCCUAAGGCCGGCGUUUCCGCAGCCAGGCGCCGUGCUAGCCUCCAUGACUCCAGCAGGCCCGGCUCACCAACCAGCACCGCCGUCAGCGCCAGGCUCAGGCUCAGCCGCCCCGACCUACUUUGUUCCACCUGGCCGGCACACGGACCCCGUCUGGACGCCGAACCCCGCCCUCACGUUUGCCCAGCUCCAGCAGCAGGCGUCGUACCUGAACAUGGCCCUGGGCGUCGGCAGCAGCAGCACCUCAGCAGGCCCGGCGGCGCCAGGAAGCCAGCAGCAGCACGCCGGCGGUGGCGCUCACAUACCCGCCGUCCUCAACCAUCCAGGCCUGGAACCGCCGCCGCCGCCGAACAGCAACCCGUACAUGCCGGCCAGGUUCGGCGUGGAGCCUGACAGCAGCAGCGGCGACGGCGGCAACGCAGCAGGGCCGAGCGCGGAGGUGGUGUGCCUGUCCGACGACGAAGCCUAG